CAAAUACAACUCUGUGUGGCUGCAUUGUAGGGAAAUUUUUUUUCGCCGACUGUGGCGACUCGCACCACAAUUUUAUUAAAUUGUAUUUAUUAUUUUAUUAAACGAGCAGCAAAUAAAUAAAAGCAUAAUGGCGGAUAAAGCACAAGAGCAAAGUAUCAUGGACAAGUCCAUGCGCUCAGUGUUUGUGGGCAAUAUACCGUACGAAGCAACUGAGGAGAAGCUGAAGGAAAUUUUCAGUGAAGUCGGCCCGGUACUUUCGCUCAAACUUGUGUUUGAUCGCGAGAGCGGCAAGCCUAAGGGAUUCGGCUUCUGCGAAUACAAGGAUCAGGAAACUGCGCUCAGUGCCAUGCGUAAUCUCAAUGGCUAUGAAAUCGGAGGACGCACUCUGCGUGUGGACAAUGCUUGUACUGAGAAGUCACGCAUGGAGAUGCAACAGCUGCUGCAGGGACCACAGGUGGAGAAUCCAUAUGGAGAGCCCUGCGAUCCGGAUGAUGCACCAGAGCUCAUUACCAAAACGGUUGCCUCCCUGCCGCCGGAGCAGAUGUACGAGCUAAUGAAGCAAAUGAAACUGUGCAUUGUUAGCAAUCCCUCGGAGGCGCGUCAAAUGCUUAUGCUGAAUCCUCAACUGGCCUAUGCGCUGCUGCAGGCCAUGGUGGUGAUGCGAAUCGUUGAUCCCCAGCAAGCACUCGGCAUGCUCUUCAAAGCUAACCAAAUGCCGCCAGUGCUGGGUGGUAAUCCACAUCCCAAUCCUGGUGCCAUGCCCAUGGUGUCAGCGCCACAGCCGCAACAAACACCAGCACAACAACAACCGCCGCCACAGGCAGCUGUUGUGGGACCUGGACCGAUGCAGACCAUGCCGGUGCCCGGCCCGAACUUCAAUAAUAUGCACUCGAAUGACAUUGAUUUGCGCAUGGUGCCCGGCGGACCGGUUAACAUGGAUCCGCGCAUGAUCGCCCGCAACCUGGACCAGGAUAUGCGACCGGUGCCCGGACAAAUGCCCAAUCCAGUGCCUCCGCCACUAAUGGAUCCACGCACUCGCGCCCAGAUGCAACCCCAGCAGCAGCAGCAACAAGGACCACCCGCUGCGCCCAUUCCAUACCCAAGCGAUCCACGCCAACGUCCUAUGGAUCCACGUCUACGUGGCGCCAUGCCACCUGGACCAGUGCAGCAACAGACGCCUCCACAGGUACAGGCGGUGACACAGCAGCAGCAAUCGGCUGCACUGCAGCUGCAGAGUCGCCUGGGAGCACAUGGAGUGCUGCCCUCAGAUGCAUCUGACCAGGAGAAAGCAGCGCUCAUUAUGCAGGUGUUGCAAUUAUCCGACGACCAGAUUGCCCAACUGCCGCCCGAGCAACGUGCCAGCAUUCUGGUGCUGAAGGAACAGAUUGCCAAGACCAGGACAGCACGCUAACUAAAUAAACUUGUUUUUAUUUAAACAUUUGUAUUGGAACCUUAUAAUAAAGCGUAAUAAAGAAGA